CCUCUCGAUCCAUCUAUUUCUCUACUCAAAUACCCACCACUUGCUUUCUCAUAGCCAGUAGCCAUGACAAUUUCUAUUCCAUGCAACUCUGCAAUUCUGCAAUUCACAAUCUUCUCCACUUCACUUCUUCUAUCAUGUCUCAUCACCUUGUUAUACACACCACAAUCCACUCUUGCUGCAACCACCGCUUUGAAUGGAAAUGACACAGACCACCUUGCAUUGCUUGCCAUAAAAUCUCAAAUCACUCAAGACCCACUUGGCUUAUUCAACUCCUGGAACAAUUCUCUCCAUUUCUGUAACUGGGAAGGUGUGAUCUGCAAUGACGUUAACCAAAGAGUCAUCACCUUGAACUUAAGCUUUCAUGAUUUAGUUGGUUCACUCUCUCCUCACGUAGGAAAUCUUUCCUUCCUUACUGGUAUUAACCUCCAAAACAACUACUUUCAUGCUCAAAUUCCCUCUCAAUUAGGCCGUCUAGAUAGAGUGAAGUACCUUAACUUCUCCAACAACUCAUUCUCUGGACAGAUUCCAGCCAAUCUCUCUGGAUGUUCAAGUCUUGUAUGGCUUCGUUUAGGUUUCAAUAAAUUAACUGGAAAAAUCCCAUUUCAGCUAGGAUCAUUGCAAAAACUAGAGAGAAUUCAGUUUCACUACAACAAUCUUAGUGGGACGAUCCCGGAUUCUUUCGGCAACCUCUCUGUUAUUAGAUCUCUGUCUAUGUCAGUUAACAGUUUGGAGGGGCAUAUACCAGAUAGUCUAGGCCGGUUAAAGACACUGAAUUUCCUUGGACUUGGUCUAAAUAGACUUUCUGGUACAAUCCCUCCUUCAGUUUUCAAUCUGUCAUCAGUUACUGUCUUUACCCUGCCAUUUAAUCAACUGCAGGGAACUCUGCCUUCAGACUUGGGAUUUACGCUUCCUAAUUUGCAAGUAUUGAAUAUUGGUCACAAUUCUUUUACUGGAUCACUCCCUGUCUCAUUAUCUAAUGCGUCAAAUCUUCUUGAGUUUGACAUCAAUGGCAGUAACUUCACUGGAAAAAUCGAAAUUGAUUUCGGAGGCUCAUCUAAUCUGUGGUCUCUAAUUCUUGCAUCCAAUCCUCUUGGGACUGGAAAAGCUGACGACAUGAGCUUCUUGGAUUCCUUGACAAAGUGUAGGAAUUUGCAGGUGCUGGAUUUGAGUAAUGACCAAUUCAGUGGGUUAUUUCCUGAUUCUAUAACGAACCUUUCAACCCAACUCGUGCAAUUGAAAUUGGGUGGGAACAAGUUAUCUGGAAGCAUACCUACUGGGAUUGAGAAACUUGUUAACUUGACAGAGUUUACCUUGGGGAAAAAUAAUAUCACAGGGAGUAUACCUUCCAGCAUUGGUAAGCUUAAGAUGUUACGACGAUUGGAUUUAUCGGAAAAUGAAUUUUCAGGCCAAAUUCCAUCAUCUUUUGGCUACAUAACCCAGUUGUUUUCACUUCAUCUUGAAAAGAAUCGCUUGACUGGAUUGGUUCCUUCUUCUUUUGUGAACCUUCAGAAGUUGCAGGAUUUAGACCUUUCUCAAAACUGUCUCAAUGGUUCCAUACCAGAAAAGGUUAUGGGUCUUUCUUCUCUUACAAUUUCUCUAAGUCUAGCUCAAAAUCGACUAUCCGGUCCCCUGCCUUCAGAAGUGAGCAACUUGAAGAAUCUUGGGUACUUUGAUGUUUCUGACAACAUGUUGUCUGGAGAAAUUCCUAGUGGUCUAGGCAGUUGUGUGGCCUUGGAAUACAUGCACAUGAAAGGAAAUCUCUUUGAAGGAACCAUUCCUUCUUCUUUUAGCUCCUUGAGAGGACUUAGGGACUUGGAUCUUUCGCACAACAACUUAUCAGGCCAAAUUCCUCAGUUUCUUCAGAAUCUUUCCUUAACAAAUUUGAAUCUUUCUUUCAACCAUUUUGAUGGUCAGGUACCAAUGGAGGGGAUUUUUAAAAAUGCAACAGCUGUUUCGUUGAUCGGAAAUCAUAAGCUUUGUGGAGGCAUACCUCCAUUAAAUCUGCAACAAUGUGCAAUCAUUAGUUCAAAGAAAGGAAAAUCAUCUCAAAGACUAAAGUUGAUGAUUGCAUUACUCUCUGGACUGGUAGGACUAGUUAUGAUCAUGUCUCUUUUAGUUAUCAAUCGACUGCGAAAGACAAAAUCCCGUGCCUUCCACGAACCAAUGCUGGAGAAAGAUGUAUUUCUGAAGGUUUCAUUUGAAAGUCUGCUUAAAGCUACAGAUGGAUUUUCCUCUGCCAAUUUGGUUGGAGCUGGUAACUUUGGCUCCGUCUACGAAGGACUGCUCGGUCCAGAUGAAACUGUUGUUGCAGUGAAGGUAAUCUACCUACAUCAACACGGGGCUUUGAAGAGUUUCAUCACCGAAUGUGAAGCCUUGAGGAACAUACGGCACCGGAAUCUUGUCAAAAUCUUGACUGCUUGCUCGAGUGUUGACCUUCAAGGUAACAGCUUCAAAGCUUUAGUCUACCAAUACAUGUGCAAUGGGAGUUUGGAGAGUUGGCUACAUCCGGUCUCAACUGUAAAUGAUGUAUCUAACGAUUCGAGGAUGUUGAGCUUUCUCCAAAGACUGAACAUUGCCAUUGAUGUUGCUUCUGCUCUGGAGUAUCUCCAUCACCAUUGCCCAUCACCAAUUGUUCAUUGUGAUUUGAAGCCAAGUAACGUUCUUCUUGACAAGAAUUUUACCGCUCAUAUCAGUGAUUUUGGGUUAGCAAGGCUCAUUCCAGAUGCCACGAACAGGGGCCCUUCAGAUCACACCAGUUCUGUUGGAUUGAAGGGGACAAUGGGUUAUGCUGCACCAGAAUAUGGCAUGGGAAGCAAGGUUUCAACAUGUGGAGAUGUGUACAGUUAUGGGAUCCUCCUGCUGGAAAUGUUUACUGGAAAGAGGCCAACAGAUGACAUGUUUAAAGAUGGAUUAAACAUCCACAAUUUUGUCAAGAAUGAUCUGCCCGAACGACUAUCAGAAAUUCUGGAUCCAUUGUUUGUUGCUGGCGGUGUAGAAGAAGAGGAAAUAACCAUUGAAGAGUCUUUUAUCACGGGACACAUCAGGAAGGACCGAAUGAAUGAGAGCUUGAUUGCCAUACUCAGAAUUGGAGUUGCUUGCUCAAUGGAGUCACCCAGAGAGCGAAUGGACAUAAGGGAUGUUGAGAAAGAAUUGCAGCGUAUCAGGAAGCAUUAUUAUUAGAUCUGUUAAGAACUAUAUAAACCAACCAAGCAGGUUAUAAGUAUGUGAGAGGCAAAAACUCAUACAAGUAAAGCAAACAAUAAACGAAAUGCAUCAAUAUCGAUAUAUGGAAUAGUAUGUAUUAUUAAGUUCCAAUUUGUCAUGGUAUAUAUGAGGGGUCAUCACUGUAUAUAUAAACAUACAACAUACCAGAAGAUCAUGUGAGGUACUGUAGAAAUCAAACACAGAUGAUCAGCUUCUAAGACAGUGUCUUCUAAGUUGACCAUGAUCA